CAAGCCUGAGACAUGUCUUCUAUACACUCACUAGUUCUGCUCCUUCUUGGAGUGGUGGUGAUUCUAAUCACCACUCCAGUGUCGGCAAAUUACUACAAGCCACCCACUUAUGAGCCUCCCCCAACUGAAAAACCUCCCACAUAUGAACCUCCACCCACCUAUGAGCCUCCACCAACUGAAAAACCACCACCAGUUUAUAAGCCUCCAACCUACCCACCACCAGUGUAUCACCCUCCUCACGAGAAGCCACCACCGGUAUACGAGCCUCCACAUGAGAAGCCACCACCAGUGUAUGAGCCUCCACAUGAGAAGCCACCGCCGCCUGAAUACCAGCCUCCUCAUGAGAAACCACCACCACCUGAAUACCAGCCUCCACAUGAGAAACCACCGCACGAGAAACCACCAUAUGAGAAGCCUCCACCACCAGAGUACCAGCCUCCUCAUGAGAAGCCACCACCACCAGAGUACCCACCUCCUCAUGAGAAACCACCAUAUGAGAAGCCACCCCAUGAGAAACCACCUCAUGAGAAACCCCCACCAGAGUAUCAGCCUCCUCAUGAGAAACCACCACCAGUGUACCCACCACCUUAUGAGAAGCCACCCCCAUUGUAUCCACCACCAGUGUACCAGCCUCCUCCUUAUUUGAAGCCACCCAUUCACAAACCUCCUUAUGAGAAACCACCAGUUUACGAGCCACCACCAUUGGAGAAGCCACCGGGCUACAACCCCCCACCUUAUGGUCACUAUCCGCCAUCCAAGAAUUAAUAACCAGUGAUGAACGAACGUUGCAUCUUUUUGGUACUAAGAAUAUUUUGAUUUUCUUUUAAGAUGUGAAGUCUACCCUUCUGCAGUAGUUCUUAAAAAUAAAGGCUCUAUGCCUGUGCAUGUGUGUGUGUAAUAACGACUUUCUUUUCCAUUUCAGCAACUAUAAUGUAAUUUCAAUUAUUACUGCUCUUAGCUAUGCCUGCAAUGAAUAUUUCU